AAAACUGACAGUCAUACGCAUAUCAAAUAUCAAAGGCUCUGCAUAGGAUCUGUUUCAUAGCCUAGUUGGAAUCUAAGAGAUAUAAAUAAUAAAAUGAAUAAAUGAUAUCGUAAACCGGAUCGAUCUUGGACUCGUAUUAUUAGCUUUCUUCAAACGUCUUCGGAUCAAUCAUAUGCUUCGUUCGAAUGCAUCAUGCGCAUAAACGUGUUCGAUGCAGCUCGCUUUUCUCACGAUGGUCACAAAUUUCUGAGUUACGUUGUUUAGCAAACACGUAAGGAUAUGAUUCCAAGGCAAUCCUCUCUAAGUCGCUCGACCGUCUUCCCCAGCUCGCCCUUCGUCGGGGACAGUGAAUGUCACCAGGUAUAUUCACCGGCUUCCAUGUGAAUAAACGGCAUCCGGUUCGUUUCCUGGAAUCGGAGCAGGUGGUCGCAGCACAAAAACAGCCGGAUCUUUUUUCCCCGAUUUUUCUUUUUCGCCUGUAAAAUUACAUGAUCGCAUGUUUAUAUCAUCACAAUGAAAAUAUCGAAAUCAACCAUUGUUCUUUUGGUCUUUGUGCUGAUGUUGUCCAUCUUUGUGGCGAAUGUAGCAGAUCUUAUUAGCGUUGACUCACGUCUGCCGGACGAGACGUUGAGGGAUAAUAAUGGGGAGAUACGGUGGUCUAGACCAAAGUAUUAUGACAUAGGAAAGUCAUAUGAUCACUUGAUAUGGUUCUUGCAGAUAUCCGACAUACAUAUAAGUAUCUUUAAAGAUCCAUCUAGGAUAUCAGAGUUAAAAGAAUUCUGUAAUGUGACGAUAGACUCAAUUAAGCCUACAGUUGUUCUUGCUUCAGGAGAUUUAACUGAUGCAAAAAGUAUAGAUGAAAUGGGUUCUAAGCAAAUACUCGAAGAAUGGCAAUACUAUAAAUAUAUAAUAGACGAAACUAAUAUCAAAGAAAGAACAUUAUGGUUGGAUGUCAGAGGGAAUCAUGAUAAUUUCAAUGUGGUCAGUCUUGACUCCAAAAAUAAUUAUUAUUCUAAUUAUUCUAUUCAAGGAAAAAAAUAUCCCAGAUCCUAUAUGUAUAAUGUUAAUGUUGGUUCUGAAACAUACUCCUUUAUUGCAAUUGAUGCUUGUUUGAAACCAGGACCCAGAAGACCAUUUAAUUUUAUUGGUAUUUUAGACCAACAGGAAAUUGAUAAGAUACAACAAUUAGUUAAUCAAUCUAAAGAAAGCAAUGCGGAUCACGCAAUUGUAUUUGGUCAUUAUCCUACAUCAUGCAUAUUGUCACAAUCUGAUACAAAUAUCAGGAAUAUUCUAGGUAGAUACCGAAAGAGUAUGGUGUACCUAUGUGGCCAUUAUCACAUGCUUGGCGGUAUGGUACCCAACAUGUACACAUUACAAAAGGCGGGCUUCCUUGAGUUAGAAUUGGCAGAUUGGAAAGACAAUAGAAUGUAUCGCCUCGCAGCAGUAGAUCAUGGUCAAUUCUCAUUUAUUGAUAUAAAGCAUAAUGACUGGCCUGUAGUAUUAAUCACCAAUCCAAAAAAUAUGCUAUUUAUGAUGUCACAAAAAGAAAAUUUGAAAUCCAUUCUUACAUCCACGCAUGUCAGAAUACUAGCAUUCUCUACAGUUUCAUUAAAAAUUGUUGAAAUUCAAUUGGAUGACAAUGCUUGGCAGAAGUGUGAUCACAUAAAAGGUCCUCUUUAUGUGCUGCCAUGGAAUUCGACAAAAUAUAGAGAGGGUAUUCAUCAGAUAACAGUACGUGUAAUUGAUAAAGAGGGUAGAGAAAAAGUUGUAUCGCAUUUAUUUUCUCUCGAUGGAUCAUGGUUAUCAUCACGCAUUUUACCUAAAUUAGUACUGAUGUUCAACGUCGUUUACAUCUUUCGGUUUCUAUUCGCUGUAACACUGGCAAUAUCAAUUGUGCCACUGUGCUUACUCCGAUUUCUUCACAUGUAUUACAAAAAUAGACAUAUGCAUAGACCACGAUUACGUAUCAAGUUUUUUCAUUGGUGGCUUAGGAAAUUGUGGAUACUAUCCACCAUUGAUAAGGCGUUUUAUGGAUUGAUGCUGUACUCGCUAUAUUUAACUAUUGGUCCAUGGACUGUGGGAGAAAUAAUCGAGGAUCAUAUAGGUGUGAUCUUUAUAUGGGGAAUAUUCAUUGGAAACAGAUAUUUACCAGGUGGUUUCACUUACGCAUAUGGAUACUUUCAAUUAUGUUGUUUCUAUUUACCGCUUAUGUUGAUUAUGGCGCAUCGAGUUGAUCGUAGAUUGCAAGAGGCUGAAAAUCCUGCAAGACAAACCAUGUCGAAAUUUCGUUUAAUUUGGCAUUAUGGCCCAACUUGGAUAUUAAUCCUCAUACAAUCCAUUAUGGCCUAUAUUUUAUAUCUGGAAUAUGGUAUAAUAGCAAUAUUAUUAUGUCCAUUACGAACUGGGAGUAUUAUCAUAGCAGCAUUAUUAUGUUAUUAUGUGAACACAAUGCCACUCUCAUGUUUAAGGUCUGCUGCAUCUGUAUGGUCUCCUCAUGGAGCCAUUAAUAACAACAAUGCAAUUUAAUAAAAACGGUAUAAUAUCGUUAUGAGGAAGUGUUGGUAAGUUUUAAUGUUUCAUACAAAUGAUUAUUGCAUUUGUGAUUAUUAAAUUUACAAGAAAGUUUUGAGUAGAUUCUUUAUUGUAAUAUUUCAAAUAUAGGUAUAUAUAUUGUGAAAUUAAAAAGCCGACUAAAAUAAUCAGGUAUUGAAAAAUGCCUGAAUAUUUUUUUCGUGUUAAAAAAUAUUUAAAAUAUUUUUUUUUAUUAAUUAUAUAUUUCAAAAGCCUCUUUUGAAUACUAUUUGCAUUCUGUAAAGAAGUCUAUGUUCCUUUAACAAGUGCCACAUUAUUUUAUACUUUAUAUUAUUCAAAUGUAAUAAUCUAUUAUAUAAUUAUUCUUAAAAAGUUAUGUAUGUUUUGAAACUCAUAAUUUUUAUUAAUUAUUUUUGAACUGCAAUAUGCUCCUGGAGCAGAUGUUGCAAUGUGAUACUUAACAUUGAUGUGAUUCUGCAUUAUGAUAGCUACUAUUCUCUUCUACUUCCAUAUUGUCCAUAGUGCAAAAUCAAAAAAAGUUUCUUUAUAAAUAGAAAAAUGCUCCUGUUUUUUAUUUUGUUUCUAUUUUUUUAUUUUUUUUUUAAUCAAAAAUCAAAUUAGAACAUUAUAAAAAGAGAAAUACAAACAAAAUAUUUGUGUAAUAUAAAUGUUGCUAUAUUUAUAUCUCUGUCAUUUGCUUUAUCUCUUCUCUGUGAAGUUAGAGAUAUAUUAGAACAACAGAAUGUGUGAUAUUUUCCACUUUAAAUGGUGGAACUCUUCAGAAGACAAAACUAUAUUAUAACUUUAGUGCUCUCGUUCAGAAUUUUUAACUGAAUAUCUCAAUCACUUUCCUGUGACAUAUAUUUUUCUACUUCUCUAUAUAUUCAAGAGCCACGUUAUAUUUUUUUCAUGACAGUACUUAUAUAUUUAAAAAUAAAUCUCCUCAGAUUUUAUAUUUAUAAACUUAUAUGUUAAAUGUCUUCAUUAUAAAUACAUCACAAAGAUGGCCAAACUAUAUUAGGCAAGCAGAGUUCAACAAACAAAAACUCUUUUUAUUGUGUAAAACAAAAUCCUCAUAUAAAGUGUAUCAAAAGCACCGACAAUCAUAUUGAAUCAGGCUAAUUUAGAUAUAGCAAUUAGAUUUGAAUCUUUUGUGCCAUUUGUCCACAAUAUAAAAAGGUUGGCUAUCUUUGAAAGAUAUAGAAUGCUACAAGAAACCAGUGAAAGUAAUAUUAUUCUAUUAAAGUGUAAUUAUGCGGUACCAAAUAUGAUCAAACAUGUAAUAAUAUAAAAAAUGUAACGUAUCAGAGAAUUCCUUGUUUCAUAUUCAGUAGUGUAUGUAUGUAACAAUAGAUGACAAAUAAAAAUUUACGAGAGACAUAUGUGAAAA